AUGCCUACCCUCAAGCCCCUCCCUGAUUGCGAGGGCCAGCUUGAAUGCUUCACCGAUGACCUCCUUGCCCAUGACUUCAAGUUUCUGGACAUCGCCGGCGUGGGGACCCACGGUACCACUGUCAAAGCUGAGAUUGACGGAAAGCUCUAUGCUAUCAAGAUUUUCUGCUCCGAGGGAACCACCCAGCCUUGUGCGCAUCUGUGCCCCCUCCAAGAAGAUCCAUACGAAGACGGAGAGGCUUAUAAUCAUAAAGAGAGAUACGGUUGGUCUGACUCGUUGAUCGAGACCUUAGUUCUUUACGCUACGUCCUUCAACAACGAGUGUCGCGUGUUUAGGAGGUUGAAGGAAGUGGGCCGCGAGGAUCUUGCCGUUCGCGUGCAUGGCUACAUGCCGGUGUAUCUGAAUGAGCAGGUGGAAGAACAGUUUAAGAUUGCGCUCGGCAACAGUCCUAAUAUCAAAUCAACAUCUGGAGCCCAAUUGUUGAAGCACCUGGACCCCGAAGAGCCACUCAUGGCCAUCGUCAAGGACUGGGUCCCGGGAGGAUCCCCGGCUCAUGAUGAAGAAGCCCAGAAGGAGGGGGAGUGGUUACGGCCGACCAAGUUCCCUAAAAUGCUACGCGACCUCAAGGAGCUACACAAGUGUGGCAUCGUUGUUCGCGACCUCAAGUACCAACAGUACAUCAACGGUACGCUCGUAGACUUCAGCCACGCCUGGACAAUCCCGCACAUCUGGAGUCCUGAACAAGGGCUUCAACCACGCUGGGCAUUCGCGAGCAUGGCGGCCUGGGACUUGUACUGCUUCCAGUAUGAGGUGAUUGGGGAGUGGAACUGGUGGGCCAACUUCCCCAAGUCUCAACAAAAACCUUGCCGACUCGUCGCUUACAGGGGCAUCAAUGGGCGGAGCAUCCGAGAGUUUGGGCAGACGAACUACGGGCCCUCGGUGUACGACCACCUUAGGCCGCGUCCAGGUAGGCAGGGGCCUUUCCUCCCUUUAUUAAACUACGAAGGUGCCCUCGUGUACAUGACCCAAGAUCCACCAUACGACCCAUCUCUUUUCGACUGGAGAAAUGUCGGAAAACAAGCCGGCAAGAACACAAAGGGGGCAGUGACGAGAAAGAGAAAGGCGGCGGCUCAGCAAUCCCGACAAACAAAGAAGGUCAAGCCAGCAGACGAACCGGGGAAGGAGAAGAAGGCCAAGCCAAGAGUCUGA